AUGGAAAGACAGUCUAUAUUGGCGGUAAAUCUGCUUCUUGGAGGAUUCGAACCACUCACCACCACCACCGCUCCCCAAUGGGUUCUCACAGAUAACAGUGAUCAAAUUCAGUUUCCUCCAACUACACCUGGUGGAUGGCCCAAAAAACGUCCAUUGGUGAUAUGGCACGGUCUUGGUGAUAAUUAUAAUUCUAGUGGGAUUAAUAAGGUGAAGGAGAUCUACGGACAAAUGCAUCCUAACAUGUACAUACUUUCUAUUGGGCUUGAUGAGAGUCCUAUAUUCGAUGAGCGAAGGUCUAUAAUGGGUAAUCCCUCUAACGAUAUUGAAUAUGUGUGUGAGAUGUUAACCAAGAAUGGUGAGCUUGAUAAUGGAUUUGAUGCCAUGGGGUUUUCUCAAGGGGGAUUAUUUUUACGAGCUUUAGUGCAAAGAUGUCCGGGAAUAUCCGUUCACAAUUUAGUUACCUUUGGAUCUCCACAUAUGGGGGUACUGGACCUACCUCUUUGUUCAGAUCCCGGAGAUUGGAUCUGCAAAAGACGCAACGAAUAUAUUAAACGAAAUAUCUGGAACGAUGCAAUCCAAAGAACAGUGGUACCAGCACAAUAUUUUCGAGACCCCAAUGAUAUGUCCAAGUAUUUAGAGAAAUCUCAUUUGCUUGCUGAUUUGAAUAAUGAAAGAACCAUUAACACUACUUAUGUCACUAAACUACAAGCUUUAAAUGCCCUUGUGUUGAUUUCAUUUGAAAGUGAUACUACUUUGGUACCCAAAUAUAGUUCCAAGUUUUACGAUAUUUCACCUGAGACUGGUAAGCUCAUCAAUUACAAGACUUCUGUUCCAUUUGUUAACUUAGGUCUUUCAAAGUUGGACAAAGAAGAUCGUAUUCAUUUUUAUAGUUUGCCCGGCGAACAUAUGGAGAUACCCGAACCUUUCUUUGUGGUUAUUGGGUACGAGUUUUUUGGAGGAUAUCCUGAUUAA